AUGGAGCAUCUCUGGUCUCUUGGGCCCUCAGCGCUGAGGCUCGUGGAGGCCGCAGUGCUCCGCACCAGCCAGAUCAAAGUGCACGAGCGGGACUGGCUGGGCAUCUCGAUCGCCUUCCUCCUCGGCAUCGCUCUGCUGCGGUGCUGGGCCUGGUGCUGCGCGGCCUUCGCCAAGCGCCAGAAGUGCUACUCCGAGGGUGUGCCCGAACCGAACGUCCCCACUCGUACGCUGCAGGUGCCGCCCAGUACGGCGACGGGCCCAGGGCUACCAGAGCAGCUCCCUUCUUCGAGCGUAAUGGAGCGUUAUUUAGACAUCAAAGAGUUUCAGGUGUUGGCUCACUUUCCAGACGAUGCCAAUGGAUUCUACUGGCAUGUGAGAAUAUUGUUGGUCAGGGCUGGUGCUGCAGGAGUUUGGGUUACACUCACGCCCACGCUGGAUCUGUUCACCCAUGAUCUGAGUCGGAUCCGUCACAUCGUUCUAGCGCGGAGUGCGCCGUGGCCAGCCCGAGUCAAUAGGAAUGAGAUCUUCGGCUUCGACCCCAUCACGCGGGUCGAGCUCCAUCAGUUCGUCCAGCUGGCCAGGGUGCAGGCGCGCGUGCUGGCUGACGACGACCGGGAGGCCGAGGCUCCAGACUUGGCAUGGCUGCGCGCUGGCCCUGGCUUCGAGAGGCUGCGCGAGGUCGUGCCGCAGGAAGUGGUUGACGACCAGGAGCGCUUCACUGAGAUCGGUGACUCGGCCGUGGCGGAGGUGAACGGCGCUGUGAUCUGGGCUGCCAGGGCGAAUGCUGGCGAGCGCGAGGGUUGGGUCAAAGAGCGUCAGGCUGCUGAGCGUGACGACAGGAUCAUCGGCGUGCACCUUCGGAAUGGGAAGCGCUACAUCAUGCUCAAAGAGGCCUUGGCGUCGUACUCUCAGGCGAAGUAUGACGACUGGGGUUUCCUGGGCCUCGCAGGUGGCUUCGAGGUGUAUGAGCGCAACUGGCAGCACGACUCUGGUGUGUAUCCGGGCUCUGCUGCUUCUCAUCAGCACCGCGCUGGCUCGGAGACGCUGCGCCUGCUUGUCGAGGUGGACCAGGUGGACGCACCCAACCUCCAGGGGGUCGAGAACCUCUGCCGCAGCCAGGUGCAGCUGGAGAUGGCCGUGGAGCGCAACCCAUCGCAUCCCGACUUCACGGGGCUCGAGGGGCGCACGGGCGGUGCAGUCACCGCCUCAGGGGCGGCCAGCGUCGUCUCCUUCCGCGAGUGGGUCGCUGGGCGUCAGAAGGAUCGGGCUACGGUGCUGAAGCAGGCCAGGCUGGAGCGCGAGGAGAGGGCCCUCAUCGGCCCAUCCGAUUCCAGCUCGAAGCGUCUGCCUCGCCCGAAGGCCGACCCGAAGAAGAAGAUGAAGGAGGGGGAGGCCCCGCUCCUCCGCCGGGAGCUGCCCGCCGCGCAGUUCAUCGGCAACUUCUGGGCGAUCGGCGACAUGGUGAGCCUUUUCCUCUGCCUCGAGUCGCCGCGCGUCGUCGACUUCACCAGCGAGUGGCUGCUCGCGGGCGGGCACCUCCUGAUCUUGAUGAGCGGCGAGCCCUGGCGGAGCUCCUGGCAUCACGACCCCAGCAUGGCCGCGCAGAUCCUUCGCCACUACGACACGCAGAUCGAGCGGAGCACCGACGAGCUACUCAGUCUAGCGCCGGAGAUGCCGGAGCCGCACUGGGACCCCACGCUGCGACGCUCGCCUGCCAAGCGACGACGCCUGUUCAAGCACCUGGCUGGCAUUGGGCUGGUCUCUUUCCGUCGCAAAGCCAAGGCAUUCUGUGCACCUUUUCUCGUGAAGGAGAAGGGGGGCGAGAUCCGAAUGGUUCUUGACUCCCGCCAGGCCUGCCUCAGUCACAGGCGGCCGCCCACCGUGCAGCUAGGCUCUGCACGGGCCAUGGUUAACCUUGACUUGUCCGACGACUUUCUGAGCCAGUGUGGGGGAUUUGGUGGCACGGCGUCCGCGCCCGUCCUCGAUGGCGACGCCGACGUCGACGACUGCUUCUACACUUUCUCGAAUGUCCAGCUCGCCUCUUGGUUCUGCAUGGAGGCGGGCUACACCACGGACGACGCUCAUGAGUUUGGAAUUCUUCAAAUUUGGGAUGAUGAUCUCAGGCGUUACGACGUCCUGAGGCCUGGCGAGCAGCUGUUCAUCUGCUUCGAGGGCCUAUGCAUGGGAUGGUCAUGGUCGCUCUACUUGUGCCAGAAGUUGUUUGAGAAUCUUGUCGCAAUGCAACACCCGCUCGGCCUUGAGGGAGUGCUGAGAGAUAGAACGCCCGCCCCAGAGUUGUCUCCAGGCGCGUGCGCAGAGGGGGUCCACGUAGACAACUUCAACUCCUUCAGCGUCAGCGCCGAGGACUCUCAUCGGCACAGCGCGGUGACCUACCUGGAGACCCUGGGCCUCGAGUUCCAUUCUCGUUUCAAGGUGCUGCGUCACACACAGCGCCGAACGUGGAGAUUUGCCCUUGCUAUCAGUGCCCUCCUCCGUCGUGCGUUCAUGAAGGGCGAGGAGAUGGAGGUGUGGCUGGGCAACGCGGUCUGCAUGUUCGCGCUGGCGCCCGAGCUGCUCUCCGCCCUGCAGGACUCCUACACCUUCGUCGCGGAGGCGCGAGGCCGACGGCUGGCUAUCCCAUCCAGUGCGAGGCUGGAGAUGGAGCUUGCUCGGAGGCUGGUGUUCGUCAUCGAGGCGGAGAUCGGAGCUCCGAUCUGGCGCGAGGUGCACAUGGGCGACUCCUCGACCUUCGGCCACGCUCUUCUGUCUACGCCGUGCCAGGCCCAGGAGUUCCACGACGCGGCCAAGUAUCGGGAGCGCUGGAGGUUCAGGAAGGUCCAGAGCCUGCAGCCCGCCAGGUUGGACGCGCCCGGCGCGGUCGACCAGAUGGGCGGCCUCUCGAGCCUCGUGGACCCCAGCGACGACGUGUUCUGCGAGUCCACGGUGCCCGGUCGCGCCGCUGGCCUCAUCUCAGGGGCCAAGACCAGCUACGGGCAGCACCUCCAGUAA